AUGUCUGCUCCGAGCGAUGAAGGGCUUCCCUCAAGACCUAAAGAGGAAGCUGGAGAAGAGAAAGGGCCAAGCAAAAGUGCCUUGAAGAAAGCACAGAAGGAUCGGGAAAAGGCAGAGAAAUUGGCAAAGCGACUGGCAUUGGAGGAAGAACAAAGAAUGAAAGCUGAAGCCAGUGACACUGCGAAACACCUCUACGGGCCUCUUUCCGGACAAUCAGCACGACCUGUAAAGAAAUUCUGCAAAAGCCUGCAAGACCUCGAGUCAGUCGCUGAGGAUGAAGAGGUUACGGUACAAGCAAGAAUAUACAAUGCAAGAGCGCAGGGGGCAAAGCUCGCUUUCCUCGUAUUACGGGAGCAAGAACAUACGAUUCAAGUGGUUGUAGCCGAAGGAGGAGCUCAUGGAAUCUCUCGGCAGAUGAUCAAAUAUUGUGCUGGGGUGAACACUGAAUCAUUUGUACGUGUCACUGGGCUGGUGAAGGCCCCAAAAGACCCAGUGCACUCGACGUCCUUGUCCAAUCAGGAACUACACCUUGAGAGUCUAUAUGUUGUCUCACCAGCAGAGGAGCAAUUGCCAUUACAGGUCAAAGACUGCAUAAAGCCACCAUCGACCAGGGAGGAGGGCGAGGGCGAGGCAGACACCAAUGACCCAAACGCAACUCUCAAGACACGCCUCGAUAACAAAAUUCUUGCUACCCGCGCACCUGCCACGAAUGCGAUCUUUCAACUUCAAUCAGAAAUCUGCACAAUAUACAGUCAAUACAUGCUCAGCCAUGGCUUUACGAUGAUCCAACCCUCCUAUCUCGCCGGAGCCGCCACAGAAGGUGGUUCAGGUGUCUUUGAGGUCACAUAUUUCGAGCGGAAAGCCUACCUCACGCAAUCCCCUCAGUUCUUUAAACAGAUGGCCAUCGCAGGCGACAUCGGGCCUGUCUUCAGUAUCGGGCCUGUUUUCCGCGCCGAGAAUUCAAAUACCAAGCGUCACCUCACGGAAUUCACUGGCCUCGACUAUGAAAUGCCGAUUCAAGAGCACUACCACGAAGUCCUCUCUUUCGGUGAAGAUCUCAUGCUACACCUAAUUCGUCAACUCCUCUCUCGACCAAAAUCCAAGCACCUCACAUCCAUCAUCCGUGAUGCCGGCUAUCCUGACGCAGGCAACUUUCAGGUACCUCCAGAAGGGACGAAAGCGACGCGCAUUACCUUCCAAGAAGCGAAGACCCUUCUCAAGGACUCGGGCUUUGACAUCGGCACUGACCCUCACGCGGACAUCGACACUGCACAAGAAAAGGCUUUAGGCGACCUUAUCAAGCAAAAGUACAACACCGACUUUUUCACCAUCGACCAAUACCCGCUCAGCCUCCGCCCUUUCUAUACACACCCGUCCCCCUCCAAUCCUGAGCUCUCAAAUUCUUACGACUUCUUCAUGCGCGGACAGGAGAUUAUGAGUGGCGCACAACGUAUUCACGAGUUGCCGAUGUUGAAAGAAAUGAUGAAAGCAAAGGGGGUGAACCCAGUUGAUCCAGGGUUCAAAGAUUACGAAGAGGCAUUCCGCUACGGCUGUCCAAUGCAUGGUGGAGGCGGCUUAGGACUAAACCGGAUCCUUCAAUUCUUCCUGGGACUUAAUAACAUCAGAGAGGCUACACUCUUCCCAAGAGACCCUGUCAGAUUGGGACCAUGA